GCAUUUGACCCGACACUUGGAUACGGUCAGGGCUGUUCUCACUCGGCCACAGGGCUGUGCUCUGAGAAGACGGGAUCUCUAUGAGAUCCAUAUCAGCUGCCUUGGAGAUUGCUCAAAGCCAGCAGAACCCAGCAAAGAAGGGUCAGCCAUGGAAGACACCAGACCUGUGUCCACAGGAGUGUCCUCCAGGGACCAUGAUGCACUACGAGAGGCACCGGAGGGCAGCCUUUGCCCAGGGAGCACAGACCCACAGGACAGCAGCCCGUUGGCCUCCAGUUCUGCCUCUUCGGUCGCUGAGCCUGAGCAAGAAUUCAGGGGGAAGAGGGACCGGAAGACGAGGAAAUCGGCGGGUGCCCAGCCAGCCGCCUUAGAAGCUGUCUCAGAGCUGAAGUCCUGGAGGAAGAGGGGGCAGAGGAAGAACAUAUGGACUGUCAAUCAUGUCGAGGGCACAAAACUCAGAAUGAACAAGAGGAGAAGACCCAGUUACCGCCCGGAGGACCAAGAGGCCUUCUACCGGCUUCUAGAGGACCCCGUCAUCCAGAGCUUCCUGGAAGCUGACAUUUUCCUCAAAGUGUCUGACAAGUACCUGCUGGCCAUGGUGGUGGAGUACUUUGGCCGCGUGGGGCUGCCCGGACACCUCUACAACAGGAUCCACUUCUUCCUGGCUCUCUACAUAGCCUCCGACAUGGAGGAGGACAACCCCACGUCCAAGCGGAGCAUCUUCCAGUUCCUGCUGGGUAAGGAGCACUGGCCAGACCUCUACAAGGAGUUCCUGAAGCUGAAGGUGGAGUUCUUCCACGCCAUGGACCACCGCGCCUGGGUCACCGCAGAGCUGUGCGAGGAGAUCCAGGCCCAGAAUCCACAUCACUGGGUCUGGAGCCGGGAGCGCCAGUGCGCCCCCUAGGUUCCCAGGCCUGGGAACGCCGCCGCGGGUGGUGCCAUGGGGGCUGCUGAUGGCCAGCUCCUGCCCACCCUGACACCCCCUCCCCCAACAAGGAAGUGACUGCCUUUUCCCCGGCUCCAGGCACUGGCAGAGGGGCAGCAGCUGGCCCCCAGCUUUCCUCUAGCCCUGCCAGAGUCCAGGGAGAGCCUGGGCCACAGCAGCCCGUCCCCGGGGUGUCAGACCAGCUGAACGUACGCUGCCCACCCCCAGGCUUCACAUGGAUGUCGGCCAGCAAAGACCCCUGACUCCUGGCUGUCCUGGGAGGGGUCCGGCAGUAACUUGGAGGGGCACGAGGGGAAACCAAGACUUUCAGAGCAGAAGCCACAAGUGACAGGAAGACGGAGAAGGGAUGGGAAGUCCAGCAAGAAGCCCGGGCCCCGCAGCGGAAGAGGAACUUGGAGGAAGAAGCCAAAGCAACAACAGGAAGAGGCAAGGAGAGGAGAGGAGACAGGAAGGGGAGAGACACACGGCAAGCAGGGGGAAGGGCCCCUUCCAGACACACAGGGCCUCGGGGGAAGCUGUGCUCAGAGCUCGUCCUGAGCCAAGGGCUGGACUGUCCAGGGAGGCCUUGUCUGGUGGAGACGGCUGGGCAACUUCAGCCACAGCACUGAUGGGGGCAGGGAGACUGUUGGCGCGCAGACCUGAGGCUGAAACGGAAGUGGGAGUGAGAGGGGCGAGACCGUAUGCAAUCAUACGAUCUGACAAAACGGACACAACCAGCUUCUGUAGUGAGAAGAGGAAAGGAGGAGAAGAGGCGAGAAGCGGUCAGGGCCCAGGGCGUGAGCAAAGCUGGGAACAAGCAGAAGCCGAGGUUGGAAAAGAGGGCUCAAGGUGUCCUGUGAAGAUUGGCUCAAAGCAAACGGGAGCUGUCCUAAAUGCUGAGAGCCAUGAGCCGACGCAGUUCGCCAAGAGCAAAGAAAACAGACCAAGAGACACACACAUAUUUAAUAAAUAUUAAAAAUAGGACACGACUGGGAUCUGCCAUACGACUUGUAUUAAUAAAUUUGAACUCUACUAAACAAAAAAGAGCUUCAG